AUUCCAUGCAGUUGACUAUUAUUUCACAGAGCUCUCUGGUUGGGCUGCUCUAUAAGAAGCUAAUCACCUAAGAGUGUCUAUUGCUGUGGCUGAUGAUUUCCAGAGUGUUCUAAGAUGUUAUCAGGAAAGGCAUCCAACAAAUAGUAAGAGAAGGACCAUUUCAUUCGUACAUUAUUUCUUCCUGUGAUUCUAUGUUUUCCAACACCUUGCCUCUUGUUUCACCAUGAAAGAUGUACACACUUCACACCAAAAGGGUAAAAGCUGCUGCUAGGCAGAUGUGGACUUCAAAUCUGUCCAAAGUCAGACAGUCUCUUAAAAAUGUUUACCACAAAUGUAAGAUUCGGCACCAAGAUUCAACUGGAUAUCCAACUGUGACGUCUGAUGAUUGUAAUCAAGAUGAUGUUAGUUAUGAAGGAAAAAUGAAUCUUCCAGUAGUGCUCCAAGAUGUUAAAACUGCUCAAGUUGAACUUUUCAGCCAAAUGACUGACAUUGUCCAUACCAUACCAAAAGUCCAGGAAAAGACUGACUUGUAUCAAAAACAGAUGGAGGUCCUGGAAACCAGAAUGAAUGUUAAUGAAGACAAACGAUGCACAAUGACUAAAGAUAUCCUCUCUAUGAAAGAAGAUAUCAAGGCAUUGAAGAAGAAGGUGACAGAACUGGAAAAUCAGAAUUCCUGCUCCAGGAUACAUUGUCUAGAGAUUCUGGAGGGAGAAAGGGGUAAAGAAAUCACAGAACUGCUUUACAAACUCAUACAACCAGCAACUCUGAAGAACACUUUGUCCUCUACAGACAUGGAAAUCUCUUCAGCAGAACCAGAGAAAGUGCCCAGUUAUCCAAAGUCCACUGACCAUCUUGAGAAAAAAACAAUUUCUAACCAAAUGAAAACUCUGAAGAAACGUAACCAUCAAAAUGCAUCAAGGAGCUUUAAAAAAGCAAAGCCAAAUAUUUACAUUUACCCAGACUUCAGUACAUGGAUCAAGCUAACUUUUGUUCAUGGAGGAAAAUGGACAUUUUUCCUCAGUGCUACCAAGUUAGAAGAAUUCAUGCAGUGGCUUCUUUCUAGGCCAACCAUUCUUCCUGAGGAACCCCAGGUCAUAACCCAGAGAUACUGUCCAUUCACUGGGCCUAUUUUGAGCUUGACCACAAUCUGUCUGUCCAUCUUCAACAAUAUUUACAGCUUUAUUCAUUCCUUAAAAGAAGAAGUAACUCAACUAUAGAGUUAUGUUCUGCUUUUCUUGGCACAAAAUAAAUGUAACCUGGAGGCUCCAAGUAUUCACA